AUGAAGCCGCUGGUGGCCGAGCUGUUGCUGCGCUCCGCUCCCGGGCCGCCCUGGCUCUUGCUGCGGGAGCUGUGCUGGGACCCCGAGAGCGGGGAGCUGCCCGAGGCCGACCGGGUGGAGACUCUGCGGCUCUGCGUGGACGGGCUACGGGCGGAGGUGGAGCGUCGGGUCGAGCAGGCCCGGGGCGGCGAACCCUGGUGCCCUGCCUCGGGCAGGGAGAAGAGCACGGCCUCCGGGGCGGCGGCGGCGGAGGAGGAGGAGGAGGAGGAGGGCAUAACGGGCGCGUUGCGCGAGGUGGCGAGCGGUCGGUGUUUGCCUUUGCUGCAGAGGCUGCGAGUGUCCGGCUCCGGGGGAAGCGGCGACGCCUUACGGGACUCGGAGCGCGGGGGGCCCGAGGAGCGGGGCCGGGGUCGGCUCGUCCACUCGCUGUGCGCUCUGCUGAGCGGCUGCUGCCGAGAGGCCGCCCCGAGCCUGACGGGGGACAUCGCCCGCCUCGCCCUGGGGGAUGUGCGAGCUCACAGCGAGGAGCGCAGCGCGGGGGCGGCCGGCGAGAGCGGGGCCGGGCCGCGGGCCCCCGUCUACUCGGACGUCCACGUCGCCGUGGAGGUGCUGGCCAGCGUGGCGCCCCUGCUGCCCCGCCUGCCGGAGGGGCUCGAGCUGAGAGACCGGGUGCUGUCGGCCGUCCUGACCGCCGUGAGAGCGGGAGACGAGGGCCUGGCCUCGAGGGCAGCGGCCAGAGUCAUCCCGGCUCUGCUGGCCACGGGGGUCCCGCUGGAGAGGCUCUGGGACGAGGUGAAGAGCUGUGAGGGGCCGACGGGGGGCCCCGGCGCCGGGUGUCGGCGGCUGCUGCUGCUGAGCUCGCUCUCAGACCACUUGUUCCCCCCCCACCGGGACGGGCGGGAGGCCCCGGACCUGCGGCGCUGCCCCGAGUUCUGGCGAGUGCUGCAGCGGGGGCUCGUGCACCGCGACAACGUGUCGCGCAAGAGAGCAGUGUACCUCCUGAAAAGAGCCGUGGAUGUUUCCCGCACGCUGAGGGGUAACGUUUGCCCCGAGAACGAGAGCGGAUCUGAUCCAUGUCUCUUCUGGUGGUUGGCUGAAAAAAAUAAAUUGCUUGUACAGCUGUGGGAAAAUUAUAUUUUAAUAAUGGAGACAUUGGAAGAAAAUCAGGUUCAUGUUAUAAGACCUGUUUUGCCAAGAUUAUGUAGUCUUCUAGAUGCCACAGUUUCCAAAGGCAUAUCCCUUUUCCACACAUCUUGGGUCCUUUGUGCUUACAAGCGAAUGUUUGCCAGUGAAAACAAGACAAUAAUAAAAGAAGGUCUGUUCCAUUUUCUGGAUGUUAAUGUCACAAAAUACCCUUUCAUCACUCGGAUGUUGUCUGAGUUUAUCUGUGGCCCACUGAUGGAUGCUCUUUCAGAAAGUACUCUCUAUAGCAGAUCUCCAGAGCAAACCGUAGGCAGCUGUCCCCUUCUGGGUGUGAAGUUGCAAGUGCUUUUGAUUACUUUUGUAGAAAGUGUGCCUGAACAAUCCAAAGGUGACUUUCUAUUGCAGUUGAUUAAGAGCAUGGGUAGCAAGUACUGGUGUGCUAUUCCCAUCCUUUUCAUCUCUCGAGCUCUAGCGCAAAUCCCAUCAUGCAAAGCUUGGGGAGUAGAAGGCCUGCAUGCUCUCCGAGAAGUACUACGUUGCACGAUGAUCACACAUCAAGUGCUGUUACGUGGUGCAGCUCAGUGUUACCUUCUGCAAACAACUAUGAACCUGACAGAUGUGGAAAAGGUGUCGCUGUCUGAGAUUUCCAACUUCCUGACGUUUGUUCGUGCAGAGGAGUCUUUGUCCAGGGGUACAAAACUGUGGAAUGAGCUCUGUGAAUGGCUACACAGGAAUGACAGAAAUUUUAGACGUGAUAAAGAUUCAGCUCCUGUAAGUCUAGACAAACGUGCAUUAAGUGCGUACGUUCAGAAUCUGGUGGAGAGGUACAUGAAGGUUUCACUGACUGAAGGAGAAAGCAAUUACAUGCCAGAUUGGUUUGAGGCCCAGCUUGUAGCGCAGAUGACUGUUCUUGUUGCUGAUGUGGAAGAAAAAUACAACACUGAAGGUGAUUCUAGCAGUGGAGAUGAGAACCUCUUGGGCCAAUUUUUGUAUCCCCUUCUGGAUUCCUUACGGAAGCUGAAUACACACGCCUACUUACCUGUAGUAAAAGCAGACAAGAGCUUACAGUUGCUAUUAAAGUUGUUGGAGACGUGUUCCUCAAAAUGUCUAAUGGAUAAAACCGAAGACAGAGUACUGAAUGUAUUACAGAAAUCCGUAAUGUCUUCUGUGGAGCAAGUCUUGGAAUACACAUUUAGGAGGUUAACAAGUGAAUUACAAUCUGUUUCAGAUUUAGACAGAUGCCACUUGUACCUUGCAGUGAUGAGUAUGAUGGUGAAGAUCCUCUCAACAAUCGACUGGAAGAAAGGCUCCUGUAUCUGGAGUUACAUUUCUUCCCUGACACAAGCUUCUCUUCAGCAUUUGCAAGCUGCCAGUGAUGAUCAGGACCUGAAGCUAGUCAGACAGAUCCAGAAGGCGGUUGCUAUGGCCUCUGUAGCUUGGGUUUGUGAGACCACAUCUCUGUAUCCAGAGCUGCAACUCAAUUCACUUGAUGCUGUCAAGACACUAGUCAGAUUUAUUUCAACUGCUCCCUUCAACCAAACUCUCGAAAAACCUCUCUGGAGUGAGCAAGACACUGGAUUUUUGGAGACUGGGUCUUCAAUUCAAGGCUGGGGGAAGAUAGCUGCACAAUUUGUCUGCAAUCAAUGGAUUUGUAUCCAUUUUGCUUUUAACAAAUGUGAUCAGUUUAUUACAUCAUCAGACAAGAAUCUAGACCUCUCAUUACCCGUUGUAGAAAAUCCUGCACUCACACUCCAAGCCUGUACAGAAGCUCUUAGCAUUGUUCCAUCUGAUCAAGUACUUCCCAUUCUGCAGUGCAUGAGGAUUCUUAUUCCUAAGGUGCUUGGGUCAAGAGAGCCUUUGUGUGUAGAAUCUUUGGAUCUUGCAUGGAAAGCGGUUUUGGAUCUGAACAGCAACCAGUUAUAUUUCUGGCCUACUCUAAAUGCCUUUAUAAAAAUUGCCUUUCACCAUCAACUUCUUGGAGUGUCAGCAGAAUGCAACAUUGGAAUAAAACUAAAGGAGAUUCUGAAUCAAUUGUUUGAAAUUUCACAAACCAAAAUUGGAGUCUUCAAUGUGUUGAUCGCUCACUGCUGCCAAACGUGGUUGCCAGCUGUUUCUGCUAGUAACACUUGCCUGCAGGAUUCUUUCGCAAUUGCUCAAAACCAUAUCGACCUUUUUGUUGAGGCUUGCCUGUUUGGACCUGUGUUUAGGAAAGAUCAAAGAUUAAUUCAAGAUGUACAUAUCUUCAUAGAACUACAAGGAGACGACUGUGCAGCAAAUGUAACUACUGAAAGUGAAAACAAAGAUGAUCAAUUUGUGCGAAUAUGGGCCAUUAGCUUCUUAUGCCAUUUGGAUGGAUCAGAUUCUUUGCAUAAGAAUUUCAUUGAGAAGCUUGUUAACAAACUACUUGAAAGGGAUAAUGAGCUGAGGAAUAAGAAAGGCCGUUAUUAUGUGAACUCAAUGUAUCAUCGAGUGAAGACCAGAAUAUGGCAGACUUUACUUGUGCUCCUUCAUCAUCUGGAUCAGAAUUUUGUAAGAAAAAUCCUUGAAACUGUUUAUCUUUCUGGCUUCAGUGAUAAUCAGGCAUCUGUAAAGUACCUAAUCGAAUGGUUCAUCAUUUUGAUACUCCAUAAGUGGCCUGAAUUUCUGGAUUCGUUCUGGAGAUGCUUUCGUUUUAAACAAGAAAAUACUAAAAGCAGUAUUUGCACCUUCUUGGCAAUAUUAGUUCACAUUGAUGUGAUCCUUAAGAAUGUUGAGGAGAAGAACCAUUAUUUGAAGAAAGCACUGAGUGUAAUACUGCCAUGGUGUCUAAAUCACAAUUUCAGUGUGCGACUGUAUGCCUUGCUUGCAUUACAAAAAGUCUGGGAGGCUUGUCAACUGGCGAAGAUGGAGGGUGACGAUUUGCAAUUUUUGGAACCAAUAGUUGAAUCCAGUCUGGAGCAAGCCGGUCAUAAGCAAAGCACAGGAAAUGCUGGAAAGAACUGGCAGAGAAUUCAAGAGCACUUCUUUUUUGAAACAUUUCAGCCACUGGAAGACUACAGUUUAGAGACAUUUUUUUACACCUUUCCUAGCCUGUCAGAUGUGAUAGAAGAUGAAUGGAUUCCUGUUUGGAAGUUUAAAAGAGUCAUGGACCUCUCCUCCUCCACUUCUGUAGUUAACUUGUUUAACUCUAGAAACAAGCUUUCGGAAUUGAAAUCUACUGACUGGGUUCAACGAGACAAAGGUUAUAGUCUGUCUGAAGCAGAUCUAGAUGCUGAGUGGACAGAUGUACAAAAGAAGAUAAUACCAUGGAAGAACAGCAUACCAGACCAAGAUCUGGAACUGAUCUACCAGGAAAGAGCCACAAAACUUGGAAAAUCCUCCAAUAGCAGUAGUAGCCUGAUUGUAGUGGCUUCACUUAUUGAUAAACCAACUAAUCUGGGAGGUUUAUGUCGGACAAGUGAAAUAUUUGGCGCAUCCGUAUUAGUUGUGAACAACAUGCACUGUGUGAAUGAUAAACAGUUUCAGGCUCUUAGUGUGUCUGCAGAACAGUGGAUGCCAGUCAUUGAGGUGAAACCUGCGCAGUUGGUUGAAUAUUUGCAACAAAAGAAAACCGAAGGGUACACAAUUAUUGGAGUGGAACAGACAGCCAACAGCCAGGAUCUUACACAAUACAGGUUCCCAGAAAAAACACUGCUGUUGCUAGGGAAUGAACGAGAAGGAAUUCCAGCCAAUUUAAUCCAGCACCUUGAUGUUUGUGUGGAAAUCCCUCAGUAUGGUGUUAUCCGAUCACUCAACGUUCACGUGAGUGGAGCUUUGCUUGUGUGGGAGUACACAAGACAGCAGAUGAUGACAAACAGUUCAGGACCAUGAAUCAGUACUGAACCGGAGUGAAAAUUAAAAGUUCAUCUCUUUUUAAGAGGUGUUUGCCACCUGGAAAUCAAUAGCACUGUGCUGCUAGAAACAAGUAUCCACUGACAAAGUCUACAGUGCUGUUGUUGGUGAUAAGGUUUGGUGCUUGGAUUAACCUUGAGCUGUUUUGGGUAUAGUAUGCAAUUUCAGAUUAUUGUGCUAAAAGUAUGGUGACAUUGUGCUUCAAAUACAUACAAGAAAAGAAUACAGACGUAUUCCACAAGUGUAUUCCACAAUAUUUAGAUAGAAAUCUUGGUAAAUGUUUUAAUUAUAGCUUUUUAUACAUUUUCUUGAAAAUUUCAGAGCUGAAAUUUAUACCAAACAAAGCAUACUUUGUAUCAUUGGAUUCAGUAUGUGAUUCUCUAGUCACACAUGUGCGAUGUCUGAUGUAUAAUAAAAAUAUUGGAUGACGCCUGUAUUCUCACAGAGUUAUCAAUAAAGAAUUGCAUUUUAAUUGCU